UCCAUUUCAUUUAUAUACACAAGCAAACCAAUCCAUCAACUUCACAAAAACACACACACACACUGUUCUGUACACACACAAGCUAUCGAUCGGAUAAAUAAUCUGCUGUCCAAAUUAGCCGCCGGUGACAAACACGGAGAAGAUUCGCCGUACUUCGACGGCUGGAAAGCUUACGAUAAUAACCCUUUUCAUCCUACUCAUAAUCCACAAGGUGUUAUUCAAAUGGGUCUCGCCGAAAAUCAACUCUGUUCUGAUUUAAUCAAAGAAUGGAUCAAAGCAAAUCCGCAAGCAUCUAUCUGCACGGCGGAAGGCAUUGACGGUUUCUCGGACGUAGCUAUUUUUCAAGAUUAUCACGGUCUCAAACAAUUUAGACAGGCGAUUGCGGCAUUUAUGGAGAGCACAAGAGGAGGAAAGGUGAAGUUUGAGGCGGAUAGGGUGGUGAUGAGCGGCGGAGCCACCGGAGCAAACGAGACGCUCAUGUUCUGUCUUGCUGAUCCAGGCGAUGCUUUUCUCGUCCCUACUCCCUAUUAUGCCGCAUUCGACAGAGACUUAAGUUGGAGAACUGGAGUUAAAAUAAUCCCUGUGGAGUCCCAUAGCUCAAACAAUUUCCAGGUCACAAAACAAGCCCUAGAAUCAACGUAUCUUAAAGCCCAAGAAACUGGUAUCAAGAUCAAAGGCGUGAUCCUCGCAAACCCAUCAAACCCUCUUGGAACAACUCUUGAUCGAGAAACUCUUGAAGCCCUUGUUAGCUUCACCAACGACAAGCAAAUCCACUUUGUCUGCGACGAGAUCUACGCAGCCACGAUUUUUGCAGAACCAAGGUUCAUCAGUGUUGCAGAGAUCAUCCAAGAGAUGGAUUACGUUAACCGCGACCUGAUCCAUAUCGUUUACAGUCUCUCAAAGGACAUGGGUCUUCCCGGUUUCCGGGUUGGAGUGGUUUACUCCUACAACGAUGCUGUUGUAUCUUGCGCGAGGAGGAUGUCGAGUUUCGGGUUGGUCUCGUCGCAGACACAGAGUUUUCUAGCUGCUAUGUUGUCUGAUCAAAUAUUUGUUGAUAAGUUUCUUAUAGAGGUCUCGAACAGAGUAGCGAAGAGACAAGGGAUUUUCACGGAAGGUCUUAAAGAGAUGGGGAUUUCUUGCUUGGAAAGCAACGCGGGUUUAUUCGUCUUAAUGGAUUUGAGGCAUAUGCUUAAAGAUCAGACCUUUGAGUCUGAAAUGGCUAUUUGGCGAGUAAUCAUCAAUAAGGUAAAGAUCAAUGUCUCUCCUGGCUCGUCGUUUCACUGCUCUGAGCCAGGUUGGUUCCGAGUCUGCUUUGCUAAUAUGGACGAAGACACACUCCAGACUGCACUACAGAGAAUGAAAGACUUUGUGCUCGGAGACAGAAAGAAGAUAAAGAACUGUAACAACAAAAAGGAGAACAAGAAACGAAAGAGUUUUCAAAAGAAUCUCAAGCUGAGUUUCUCUUCGAUGAUCUUCGAUGAACAUGUUAGGUCGCCGAGGUUGAUAUCCCCACAUUCACCAUUGCUCCGAACUUAAAAACGGGUUUUUACCAUUAUUAUAUAUAUACAUUCAAAUAUAUUGUCUACAGAUCUAUACAAAAAAAGCAGAGGAUCAGUAUGUAUAAUGUAUAAAUGAAAAC